GCGGGGUCCACGUGUAAUUUUGAGGUUACUUUGUUAUUUUCUAUAAAUUAGAUACUUUAGAAAAAGUAUCGACCAAAUCUAGAAGCAAUCAAAUUCAUCAAGAUGAGGUUUGAAGACGCCUAUUUGAAAACUGUAAAUAUAAACAAUGACUCUACUAAUGUGAAGCUACUUUUACCGACAAAAAAUGAAAAAGGUUUACUUGAAAAACGCAUGUUUAAAGGCUUACGUAAAGCAAAAAAAAAGAAUGAUAAUGCAACAGUUAAUCAAAAAGUUACGGAGAGUCACGAAUUUGAGCCGACAUUAAAUAAGAAUGACGAACCAAAAGUAGUUUCACUGGUGCAACUACUGUCCAAACGUGAAGAGAAAAUUAAAUUAUUUCGUUACCAAAUUGGUAUAUUAUCAUCAGAAAUUUUGGAAAAUCCUACAGAGAAAUUAUAUAAUUUUCAGACGCUAUUAAAUAUUAUAAAAAAAUAUGACCCAGAUGUACAUAUUACUGUUCAAAAAUUAGUUAUUGCUUCUUUAUUAGAAAUAUUCAAAGAUCUUUUGCCUUUUUACACAAUUAAAUCAAUCAAUGAUGAAGGAACUAAACUAAAAAAAGAGACUUUAGCACUAAGAAAUUUUGAAUCAUCAUUGUUGAAAUAUUAUAAGCAGUAUUUACAGAAACUGGAAAAAAUAUCAGGAGUAUUGAAGCAAAAGCAACAUUCGCAAGAUUCAAAAAAACAAAAUAUUCUCUUAGGAACAUUUGCCAUUAAAAGCAUGUGUGAUCUUCUUCUUACAAAACCAUACUUCAACUUUGCAUCAAACAUAAGUCAUUACUUGGUUCCAUUUUUAAAUAAUCAUUCUAGAAGUAUAAGAACUCUUGUAGCAACCUGUUUUGGACAAGUUUUCAAAGAGGAUAAAAAAGGAGAAAUAUCCUUAAAUAUAGUUCAAGGUUUGAAUAAAUUCAUUAAAGCUCAUAAAAAUAUUGUACACAUGGAAACAAUAUCUGUUAUGCUCAAUUUGCGUUUGCAACAAAUUGAUCUUGAUAAAGAGAAAGAGGUUGAGUUGAAAAAUCAUAAACUGAUGGCUCAUAAAAAUAGAAUACGUGCCCUUAGUAAAAAAGAAAGGAAAAGAAAAGCAAAAUUAGAAGGAAUAGAAAAAGAGUUGUUGGAAACCAAGGGUAACGAAAAUCAGCUGAAAAAACAACAAAAUUUUACUGACAUAGCAAAUAUACUGUUUACUAUUUAUUUUCGUAUUUUGAAGCAGGCUUCUAACAACAAUGUUUUAACGGUCUGUCUAGAAGGUUUAUCAAAGUUUUCAGAUUGUAUAAACAUUGACAUUUAUCAAGACCUGAUACAUGUUUUAGAUGGUUUACUGAAACAAGAUAAUUUAACUCUAAAACAAAGGCUGCACUGUAUUUAUACAAUUAGUAUAAUUAUAUCAAAACAGGGUUCAGUUUUGAACAUCGAUCCUACCAGAUUCUACACACAUCUUUACAAAUACUUAUUAGAUGUAGAUAUUGGGAAAAAUAAUGUUAAUAUUGAAAUCAUUGUAAAAAUCUUGCGUUUACUUCUCAUAACCAGAAGAAAUGGAACUCAAAAAUGUAUACUUGCUUUUUUGAAGAGAACAUGUACUAUGGCUCUUAGCUUGCAUCACGAUGGAACUUUAGCAAUACUUACUAUCUGUAGAUUAGUUAUGCAAAAUUAUAAAACAGCUAAUAUUUUAUUAGAUACAGACUGCACUAUUGGAGAUGGUUCAUAUUUGCCGGAAUUAGAUGAUCCAGAAUACUGCAAUGCUCAUUGUACAAGUUUGUGGGAAACUGUAGCCCUGCAACGACACUAUCAUACUAGUGUUGGAAUGCUCAGCAAAUAUGUGGCAUCAGAUUUAACUGACAGAAAAAACAAUGAAAUGCUAACCAAUAUUUUAAAAUUAUCCCCUGAAAGUAUCCUUAAUGAAUAUGAAGUAUUUAUUGGUAAAUUUAAACCAACUAUACCUUUUAAAAAUGUAAAUUAUUCUAAAAACUUGAAAAAUCUUGCAAAUAAUUUUGAUAGUUCUGUUUACAAAGUGAAUUUGAAUGAUUCUUUUGAGGACACCUAUUAUGAUUUCUACAAAGAGAUGAAAAACAAUUAUAGACAAAAUUGUAUUGAAAAUGAAUCUGUAAAUUAAUGUAAUCUAAGCAAAUGACAUUGUUAAGAGACUUUCUACAUAAGAACCAUCGGACAAUGGAGAAGUUAUGAUGCCAGACAUACAUAAAAGUGUAAAAAUGAAUUAAUUAUUAGAAAUGAAUUCGUAAAAUAAAAAUAAAUGUUACACAUGGUCUGCAGGCUAAGUCCCUAAAGUCUUAACUUUUUCCAUGGGUAAACUAAAAUGUUCACCAAAUAAUGUAAUUUUUUUGUAUAUAAAAAUAAUAUGUUUAUUUAAAAUAAAAUAAAAUUUAUUUCAACUGUUUUAAUUUGUAUAUA